AUGCCAUUUUACAGAGCUCCGAGCACACCACCGAAAAAGCGACUAUAUCUUCGGAACCAAGAGCUCUACCGAAGCAGAAACACCAUCAUCAUAAGGGGGAAGCGGUCUACAGCAGGCAGAUGCCAUUCAUUUUCCCUGCGAGUGGCAAAAAACGAUGGUGGGGAAGCCGGGCCUACAGCGCGGGAGUACCGUGGGAACAGAGUGCGGCACACUGGGGCUUUCUGGACACAGGAGGUAACCUGCCCACGGCAAACAGCCAUCCAACCCCUAAAGAGACAGACAUGGUGCACAAGAAACCUACUCAACCCACCCCUAAAGAUGGGCAAGAUAUCGGCCAGAUGCUGGCGGCCCCUACACGCACUAGAGGUAUAGCCACUACACAGCCUGAUACUACUCCGCCACCCACUGCGGGAAUAGUAAUAACUGAAGCCCCAACCAUAGCAAACAGAAUGGCCCCAUCCACAAAGCAAGACAUGCACAACUUACUCAUGCACUUCUAA